CGCGGGAUUCAAACGGAGGGCCAGCCUUCGGGUCUGGAGCGGGAAGCGGCGGUGUCGUCCGGAGUGAGGCUUCCUCCUCGGCCCCCAGUGCUGGGAGCUGUCCGGCGACCGCGGGAGCCCGGAGAUGGCGGUCUCCACCGUAGUCUCGAGGCGCGUCAAGCGCAAGGCGCCGCGCGCCUUCCUCAGGCGCACCUUCAAGCAGAAGAAGCCGCACCUCCGCCUGGAGACGGCCUGCGACCUCCUGAUUCAUUUGAAUUGCUUACUGUUUGUACAUCGAUUGGCAGAAGAAUCCAGGACAAAUGCUUGUGAAAAUAAAUCUGAAGUUAUCAAAAAGGAUCAUGUAAUGGCUGCAUCAAAGGUAAUUCUGAAGAAGAGCAGAGGUUAGAAGUCAACACUUGUUUAAGAAUUAUAUGAUGUAUUAAUUUAAGUGGCAACAGGUCAUUAAGGCAUUUUUGUGUGAAUCAGUUUAUAUUGUGGAUUAUUAAAACACUGACUAUAUGAGCAAUGUGUGCAUUUUACUUUUUUAGGAAUUAUGCUUUAUUCAUUUUAAAUGGUUUCUCAGUUUUCUUCUCUUUCUGCUAUUUUGCUUAGUAUAUAAAAAAAGUGAAAUCAUACUCUAUUGAAUAGCUUGAAGAGAUAUACCCCUUAGACUUAAGCUUAUGUCUUUGGAUUUAAGCCAGAAUUUUGCAGCGAAUUUAAUUUCUGAGAGAAAGCAGUAUACAUUAAAAUCUAGGCACAUUUUAAAUAUGUUAAUAAUUGACACAUUCUGAAAGCAUUUCUUUCUAAUUUUGUUUUGUACUAAUAGUGACAGUAAACUUUCUCAACUAGAAGAUUGUAUUAGCCAGUUUUUAUAAACUUGUUUCCCUCUAUAAACGACAAACAAGUUCUGAAGCUACCUACUUUUUUCAAAUCAUGGGAUUUAGUAGAUAAAACAUUUCCCCACAGCAGUCUUUUAGAAGCUUAUUGUAUAUUAUUCAAUAUUUACUUCUAAAAUUUUAUUCUGAGAUAAUUACGAUUGUGUAUGAAGUUGAGGAGCUAAUGGAAACAUACAGUCUACACCAGUUUCUGCAGUGAUUGUAUUUAACAUAUGAUGUAAUAUAUCAAAACCAGGAAUUUGGUAAUUGCUAUAGUAUAUAUGUAGCUCCAUGUUAUUUUAUCAUGUGUGCAGAUUCAUGUGAUUGCUAUAGCCAGUAUAUAGAAUUCCUUCAGUACCACAAAGGUCUUCUUGAUUUUGUCUCAUACUUCUCCAGCUACCGUGUGCUCUGCCAGACUACCACCCUAACCAACUCUUCUCAGCUCUGUAGUUUUGUCACUGAGAAUGUUCUAUAAAUGGGAGCAUGUAAAGAAGUAACCUUUGAAGGUUUUUUGUUGUUUUGUUUUGUUUUUCACUCAGUGUAAUAUCCUGAGUCAUUGUGUUUACUGCUGAGUGAUCUGGAUGCACCAUACUUUGUAUAGCUGUUUGCUUAUUGAAGAAUAUUUUGAUAUGUCUAAUUUGGGAAUUAUUAUAAAUAAAAUUUUAUGAAUAGUUAUAAACA